AAAAUAAGAGCAGAACAAUUGUAGCUACAGAGGGCAAUAGUUGUUCAAGGCAAAAUAGGGCAAGCCCAGAAGGAUUACUUUGAGCAAAAGUCUGCGGAAUAUAUAAUUGAAUCCCGUCAAUAUAUCUUCUCCUUCAUUCAGAAUAUAUAAUCCCUUCCUGCAAUGAAGUAGGGUGAUAAAAUUGUGUUGGGCAAAAAUGAGAGACUAUCUGUGGAAGGCAUGCCAGGGCACCACAUAACUACGUUGUGUGGAAGACAGGCAGUAUCAAGGCAUCCACUACUUUUGAUAUAGGGUGUUGCUCAAAGCAGUUGAAAGUUUGGUGGCAGUGUAGGAUUUUAUUGGCAAUGGCGGAUAAUGAUGAUGAAAAAAAAUCUGCAACAUGUACAUUUUUCAAAAAACCCUCACGCAACAAAAAUAUAAGGAAACGUGAAGCAGAAGAGGAAGAAGAAGAUGAAGGUCCCGCUGUUCUUCCAAAGGCGAAACUUUUAAGGAAAAAUGACAAUAAGUUGAAAUUUUCAUCUGCUACUUCAUCUAAAAAAUUUGGUCAUGAAGAUAACGAUGACUCUGAAACGCCUGCCACAUUUUUUUACGAAUCCUCGAAGGAAAUUCAGGUUCAAAACGACAGCAGGGCGACUGCAACACUGGAUACGGAGACAGAAUUCACCAAAGACGCUAGAGCCAUCAGAGAAAGAGUUUUAAAGCAAGCAGAAGAGUCUCUCAAGGGCAAAGCUGCCGGAGAUGAAAAACUUUACAAGGGUAUCCAUGGCUACACUGAUUUUAAAGCAGGAUUUAGAAGGGAACAGACUAUUGCAGGGGAGAAGGCUGGGGGUGCACACGGGCCUCUCAGGGCUUCUGCUAAUAUUAGGACUUCUGUUAGAUUUGAUUAUCAACCUGACAUUUGUAAAGAUUAUAAAGAGACGGGCUACUGCGGAUAUGGGGAUUCUUGUAAGUUUAUGCAUGAUAGAGGGGAUUAUAAGUCUGGUUGGCAGAUGGAGAGAGAGUGGGAUGAGGCUGAGAAAAGGCGGAAGGCAAAAUUGGCGCAGAGAGUGGCUGAGGGGGAAGAUGAGGAUGCGGAAAGCAAUGAUGAAGAUGAGGAUUCUUUGCCGUUUGCAUGCUUUAUAUGCAGGGAGCCAUUUCAGGAACCUGUUGUUACUAGGUGCAAGCAUUACUUUUGUGAGCAUUGUGCUUUGAAGCAUCAUGCCAGGAACAAAAAUUGUUAUGUUUGCAACAAACCAACAUCUGGUGUCUUCAAUACGGCUCAUGAAAUCCUGAGAAAGGUGGCAGAGGACAAAGUUGGUGCUACCAAAAGAAAGUAGGUUUCAACUUACUAAAUGAUGACUUCCAACCUCUUAUUGAAGAAGGUUGGUUACCAUGUUCUCUUCUUGCAUCAGACAUAAUAUAUGACCAUUUAGGCAUUGCUCAUACAUUAAAUGCUGCAGUCAAGGAUCAGGUAUCCCGAGAGGGGCAGUCAAUCCCAGCAGCCAUAUGCAUCCAGCUAAUCCACAACAGCAGCAAAUAAAUCAUGAAUUAAUAUCACUUUGUAAAGUAUCAUUACAAUAAGUUUCGAAUUUUAUUACUCUAAAUACCAGUUUACAGGCAUGUAGCCAGCUCCUGUUACAUCAAUACACAAAUAAAAUAGAAUUUGCCAGUUACUGCCUGCUGUCACAUGCUUAAAAAAAAUGUUGUUCAGCUUUUGUAAUUACGACGAACCCCAAUUACCCCCCAUCACCUCUCAUACACAAGUUUCUGCACCUUCUAUAAGGCACUAAAUAAGUAAGUGUUGUAUUCCUUAAAUCCCAUGAUUAAUGCUAUGUGAAUGGAGACAGCGAUUCCUAAUGGGAAACUGAAAUUCAUGUAGCUGCCUGUCAGAAUUAGCAGAAAUUUAAAUUUGGUCUGUAAUCUAAUAACACAGAAAUGCCAUAACUUUUUUUCUUUUUUC